AUGCCUCUACAGAUAUAUACUAAGAUCCAAGCGCGCAAAGAGCGAGAUUUGGUACCACUUCUUUCUUCGUGGAAGAAACAUUACAAGGACGAUAUAUUGAGAAACAAGUUCAAAGUCGACGACGUUAAUGACAUUCAAAACCUUUCGGCGGCUACUCCUAUGCUGGCGCAACGUAUGAAAUCGAAACAUGCGGAGUUAAGAAAGCGAUGGAACAUCCCAAAGUUCUGGAAGCCGCUUAACUUUCUCCAAAUUCCCAUUUGGAUAUCAGUCAUGGAGGCUCUCCGAGCCAUGUCUGGAAAUGACAAGGGUCUUAUCCCGUAUCUCCUGUCCCUCGUCGAGCCUACCUCUUCAUCAGGAGCCCCUCGUCUCCAUCUAGAGGUCGAGCCCUCCCUAGCGACGGAGGGCGCGCUUUGGUUUCCGGAUCUACUAGCAGGCGACACGACGGGUAUUCUGCCAGCGGCAUUAACCAUGUCUAUCUUGCUCAACAUCAGCGCCGGCUGGAAAGCCAAGAAGUUCUCGCAGAUGGCCGAUUUGCCGAAGAUAGAGCUCUAUAGGGCUUUGACCGUGCGCGGAAUUAGGGCUUUCAUCCAGGUUCUUGCACUGAAUGUCGGUCUUUCGUCUUACUACUAUGAAAUGCCCGCGGCACUUCUGCUGUACUGGGUCACCAGUACGAAUAUUGCCACGCUGCAAACUGUUUUCUUAGACAAGUGCAUGUUCAGGAGGGAGCCACUAAAGCCCUGGAAGCAGAUGCAUAUCGGGUACACUGCGAACAAGGUGUGCGCUCCCGAGGACUCUAUUUACAGAGCUACUAUGACGGACGCAAAGGGCUUCAAGGGACUCCACUAG